AUUUGCGGAAUUGUAGCUCGUUCGAAAUAGUGCAGUCUGUAAUUGUCUAAAUAUUGUUUAUGAUGGAUACGGAUUUUGUCACGUGUGUCAUUUUUUGAAGAAUCGUUGCUCUAGCUUUUAACUUCAGCACAUUUUACUAAAAGAAAAGUUGACAGUAAAUAUAUCUUCUAAAACCUGUGAUGGAAGUACAAUCAUUUGAUGAUUUAAAUUUGAGUACUGGUAUUCAGGCUGCUAUUGAGGAAUUAGGUUUUACAUCUUUGACACCUGUGCAGGCUGCUUGUAUUCCUAUUUUUCUAUCUAAGAAAAAGGAUGUUGUGGUUGAGGCAGUUACAGGAAGUGGGAAAACACUGGCAUUUCUUAUUCCAAUAUUUGAAAUUUUACAGAGAUGUGCACCUUUCAAGAAACAUGAUGUCGCAGCCUUAAUCAUUUCUCCUACUCGAGAACUUGCUUUACAAACAGCAGAGGUGACAAAUUUAUUUUUAAAGCAUAUUCCAGAAUUUUCUAGUAUUUUGCUAAUUGGUGGUGAUCGUGUAUCAUAUGAUUUAACUAAAAUUUCAGAGAAUGGGUGUAACAUCAUCAUAGCUACACCGGGACGUCUGGCUGAUAUUUUAAGUCAGAAUACAGAAAUAAAACUUUCUGCUUGCAUUAAAGCUUUGGAGGUACUUAUUCUUGAUGAAGCUGACAGGUUACUUGAUUUGGGCUUUGAAAAAACAUUGAAUACUAUAUUAGGCUACCUUCCAAAACAGCGCCAGACUGGCUUAUUUUCAGCAACUCAAACUAAAGAAAUGGAAGAUCUUAUCAGAGCUGGUAUGAGAAACCCUGUUUGCAUAUCAGUGAAAGAAAAAUGUGUUGAUGCAAAUGCUGUUCAAAGAACACCAUCAACACUAUCAAACUUUUAUAUGGUUUGUGAAGCUGAUAAAAAAUUCAGUGUAUUAUUGUCAUUUUUAUUGUCUAAAGAAUCAGAAAAAUGCAUGGUUUUCUUCAGUACUUGUGCAUCUGUGAACUACUUUGCGAGCAUUUUAAAAGAGUUGAUUAAGAAUGUUCCAGUAAUUGGAAUGCAUGGCAAAAUUAAGAAAAAACGAAAUCAAAUAUUUUAUGAUUUCAAAAAUUAUGAAAAGGGUAUUUUAUGUUGCACAGAUGUUAUGGCUCGAGGUGUAGAUAUUCCUGAUGUCCACUGGGUAAUUCAAUUUGAUCCACCUAGUUGUGCAAGUUCAUUUGUACAUCGUUGUGGUCGAACUGCUCGCAUAGGAAAGACUGGUAAUGCAUUGCUUAUGCUAUUGCCAAAUGAAGAAUCAUUUGUAAAUUUCCUCAGUGUCAAUCAAAAGAUAGCUGUGGAGGAAAUAAAAACACCAGCUGUUUUUGAUAUAACUCCUAAAAUUAGAAAAAUGGCAGUGAAGAGCAGGGAAGUUUUUGAAAAGGGAUUAAGAGCAUUUGUCUCAUUUAUUCGAUUUUAUACCAAACAUGAAUGCAGUUUGCUGUUUCGAAUUAAAGAUUUGGAUAUUGGGAAGCUGGCCACUGGUUAUGCUUUGCUUAAAUUACCAAAAAUGCCUGAAUUAAAGGGUAAAAAGAUAUCAAACUUUUCUCCUACAGAUGUAAAUUAUGAUGAAAUCCCAUAUGUUGAUAAAGUAAGAGAAAAGCAAAGGCAAGUAAGAUUAAAAGAAUUCUUGGAGAAUCCCCAAAAGAGGAGUGCAAUUUCAGAGAAACGAGCUGCAAAAUUAAAAGCAAAAAAAUUAGAAGCAAAAAGAUUACUUGCCAAGAAAAGAAGGAGAAAGAAGGCUAUAAAAUUUUCUCAGGAAGAACUGCAAGAUCUUGCUAGAGAUGCAAGAUUAGUGAAAAAAUUUAAAAAGGGAAAGAUGUCUAAAGAAGAAUUUGAUGCUGAAUUUGCAGCAGACCUGAGUGAUAUAGAAAGUAGUUAAUAUAUAAAUAAAUGCACUUAUUUUUUAAUAAAACUUAUUGCAGUUUCUUCAUCUUAUUUUAAA